AACCUCGACGUUAUACUAAGAAAGUUGAUUGUCUUUAAAGAUGUCAUUUCAAAACAAGAACUUGUUCCACUUGUUGGGCAACGACGUGGAAGAUGAAGAACCAUCUUUAGCACCAAGAGAAUUAGUUAAGAACAACACUUCCAGCAAGAAGAAGGAUGAAGCCCCAAAAGCCGACCCAUCUAAGGCCAAGAAGAAGAAGCCAGUGACCGGUAACGAAGGAGCUAUCAAGGAACAGUUGAACAACAAAGAAGUCCCAGGUCCAAGCUCUACUCCAACUUCCCACUACAAGAAAUCUUUUGACCGUCAUGCCACUAGAACUCAUAAGGGAGGCCAAAGAAAGCCAAGAACCGAUCCAAAGGACGGUGAAGCCACCUUAGAAGAUGAACUUGACGGUGAACAAGACGCUGAAGAAGAAGAAGCAGCAGCUGAAGUAGUUGAUCAAACCCCAAAGAAAUCUUUGGAAGACUACAUGGCGGAAUUGAAAUUGGCCCAAGCCACUUUGGACGGCCAAAAGGCUGCUAGAACCGCCAACGAAGGUGCCGAAGGUAAAUGGACUGCUGAAGAAUUGCUUGUUAAACAACAAGAAGAGUAUGUUCCAGCUUCGGUUGAGAAGAAGAUCAAGCAAAAGGCUGCUAAGGGAAAGAAGUUUUUGGAAUUUGACGCCACUUUCGAUGCCCCCAGCGCCCCAAGACCUGCUUCUUCUACCAGAGGAUCCCCAAGAGGUGGUAGAGGUGCUGCCAGAGGUGCCACUAGAGGUGCCAGAGGUGCUUCUAGAGGUGCCAGAGGUGAUUCCAAGCCCGCCACUUCCAGAAGAACCGACAGCAAGGUUGCCUUGGAUGAUGACAAGAAGUUCCCAUCUUUAUAAACCGUUUGUGGUACCACACAUGAUGCUCUCUUCAGCUUAACUUAGUUUAUAUUUAGUUCAUAAUAAAAAUGAAUAUAAAUUCGUUUUUGGACACGAUGUACACGUUACGGCCUUCGAACUCGAGGUUGGUGUAGUUGACUUUUGUGUUGAUUAUGGGUUUAAUGUGUAGCAGUAGUUUGACCAAGUAAGAGCCAGGCACUUCAUGGGCCCCGAUGAGUUUGAGGCCGUUUUGGCUCGAAAAAACCGCAUACCCCGACACCUGGAGGCCAUGAAGUUCAAGAAGGUCCGUGCAGAGCUGUACGGUUGGCCCUGAUAGCGUGGGAAUGGUCUCCAUGGCGCUUUGGAGUGGGCCUAAUAGUGCGCGGAAUCAACAGUGUGAAGGGGGGUCGUGUGGAGACGGGAAUUCUAGCGGAGUCGAUUUACUCAAAUAAGCCAUUAACCAAUUGGGCUACCGCGACGACGGCGGGAUGUGAGCUCUCUGGGUAUGUCAACGCAAUGGGCAUGCACAGCCGAUAAAGGGCUGUUCGGUUUCACCGGUUUUCAACUGUACUCUACCUUGAUAGCGCACGACCCAGCGAUUCCAGCACGACUUCCCAUCCCCAGCACGACCCACCUCGGUCCCUCAAGUAACCUACGCACUACACCACCACUUGCAAUCUCCACAAUUGUGCCACCAAGUACCCACUCAGGUCACAAAAACACAAUUCAGCCCUUGUACGUAUCUUCUGCCACAAAUACCUUACCGUUGCAAUCGUCUCCCCGUUUGGUGGGAAUAGCCCCAAAAAGACGAGGAGUUUGGAACUAUUAGCGACCGCCCGAGCCCGCACCACCUCCAAAAGCUUUUACUAUUCGGCCCCAAGUGACAUUGAACGGUUGUAAACAUAAACAAUAAAUUAUACUAACAACCAGGUCAUUCAACCCCUGAGCUCUUUUUUCUGUUCGCUUUUGCGGAAGGUAGUGGCGGGUUAUUGGUUAGCACCCAUUAGUGUCCGGUUUUGUACUGUGAAAUGGAGCCCAAAAAACGCGCGUAGUCAUUUGUUACAAAAAACCCUAUCUCAAUUAUUUAGUCACAAAGUGUGUUUAUUUUUUUGUUAACUAGUUUACUACAAUUACCGCUUACACAUACCACCCACCUCACGUUGCCAGGAUAUUCGUGUGAAACAUUCGUGAAACUAUCUCCACCGCCUUAUUUAAUCCUACUUGUUCCGUCCCAUUUGUUGUAGUUUUGCAGUUUUUCACCCUCCGCUUAUCUACCACAAACAAAUGGAGCCUUUUGAAAAUAGCCUGGGACUGGCACCGCUUAAGAAGCAUUUGUUGUCCACAUCGUCGCCCGAAGGCAUUCAGAUUGCCUCCAAGAUCACCGCCACCCGCUUGGCCGAGUUGUUGAUUCGGAAGGGUCCCUUACCAAUUCGUCAUAUCACUAGUCAAUUGGCUCUUGAAGUACAUGGUUUUGACUUGUUGUCAUUGUCGAAGCAAAGACGGUUGAUCAUGGCUGCCAUGGAGCAGACCGACGCCGCCCAUAACGUGGUGUUUGAGAAGAUUGGCUGGGGCCAAUGGGCUGUUAGAAAGAUUGACUCCGACUAUAUUGUGACGGAGGGAACUGAAGGUAAUUUGUUCAACAAAGACGCCCCUGAAGCCACUUCCAACGACGAGCUGGUGCCUGUGAACCCUGCCAACAAACCACAUAUCAAUGUCAAAGACUUGAGAAACCAACCCAACUUGAAGCUUGGGUGGACAAAGAAACAAUCGGGAAAGACCUCCCGAAGAGAGAGUAUCACUGGUAAGAAACCCAACUUGCACAAUGUCAAACUUCCCACUGACAUAUUGAGCAGUAGUGCCAUUGCAUCGGACUCGGACCAAGACGAAGAGGACGAAGAUGAUCUUAUUGAUGCAGUUAUAGGGGAUGAGAGUUCCAGUGACAACGACGAGGAAAGCUCAAGUGCAGACGAAAGUGACCUGGACGAGUUGUUCCAGUUCGAUCAUGACAACACAUCCAAGCGGUCUCCGCCCAUAAAGUUUGCCAAUAGGGUUCCAUUGAAGUUAAGUCCUCCUCCCACCACCCACCCAACCAGAAGGAAGUCUUCUAGUUCCAACAGCGUCAACAAAAACACAAACUACAAUCCUAGAUACCAAAUAUUCAACCGGUCCAGACUUAAUUCGUUGGACAACUUGGAUAACUACAUCAUCUCGUCUGCCAAAAAUUCCAACGGGUCCUUCAGCUCUCCUCCACCACCACCACCCAACGUGGCAGCCGCGGCAUUGUCAGGAUCACCACUCUCGUCGUGGAACUCCAAUGCCUACUUGUCGAAGUCCCCGGACUCGUUGAUGAUGACCAAAAAUGGAAACAGACGAAGAUCCUCGUUUAACGAGUCUCACAUUCGAUCCACCUUAUCGGCAUCAGUCCCUCGGGUAGCGUCAAAUGGUCCCUCCCACAAGAACAGUUAUCCCUCGACCACCACUUCCAAUCUCACGUCUAAUGUCAACUCUCCUGCGAUGAACCCCAAUACCAGAAACGCUUCAAGCAUGUCAGACACCGAUGAAGAAGACUGGGCUACCAUUGGCCCCGAAAGCUUGCGAAAACGUCAUGACGACAAGGUCCAAGACGAAAAGGAAACAAAGGCCGCUGCAUUCGCAUUAGUUGAUCUAAUGUCUGUAUGAACCCAAAGAUACCUUUUAGGAAUCUUUUUAAUGACUCUUUAGUUCUUGUGUUACACCUUCCACCAAUUGUUUAUGAUCUUGUUUAGAUUUAUUCCAUGUUUUAAUUCCCUUUAUAGAAGCCUAUUGUUACAAACCAUUUAAUGUACUGAUUUACGCCUGCCUUCCCAAAACGGGUAAAUAGGAUACG